UUUUCAUUGGAUACAUUACACGUUCAACCUUAUCUGUAUGGUUGCCUAAAAAAUCACGACACCGCCUCUCUUUAUUUCAUAUUUUAAAGGGGCAAAGGCAACUGCCAACGUGUACUCAAAAACAUACGAGGUGUUGCUCCUAACUGACCGUGAAGAUGUUGCUGCGGCUGCUUGUGUCAUCCUUCCUCCUUGCGGGCACGUCCUUCGCCGUUCCCACCAAGGAGAAGCGCGUCCAUCGCCAUGGUGACCUCAGUGACCAUCCCCACAAGGACGCCACCGACUUCCAGUACGACCACGAGGCCUUCCUGGGCAAAGAGGACGCCAAGACGUUUGACCAGCUGACCCCGGAGGAGAGCAAAGAAAGGCUGGCGAAGAUCAUCGGUCGCAUCGACAUCAACAAGGACGGCUUCGUGAACCACAGUGAGCUGCACUACUGGAUCAAGCAUCGCCAGAGGAGGUACAUCGAGGAGAACGUGAACAAACACUGGAGGGAGUACGACGCCAACCAAGACGACAAGAUCAGCUGGGAGGAGUACAAGAACACCACCUACGGCUUCUACCAAGGCGAGGAGUUCGACGACGUGGAGGAGAAGGACACCUACAAGGCCAUGCUGACCCGGGACCAGCGCCGCUUCAAGGAGGCGGACCGCGACCACGACGGCAUCGCCACCCGCGAGGAGUUCACCGCCUUCCUGCACCCCGAGGAGUUCGACCACAUGAGGGGCCUGGUGGUGCAGGAAACGAUGGAUGACAUCGACAAGAACGGCGAUGGGAAGGUGGACAUCGAUGAAUACAUUGGGGACAUGUUCACACCGGAAAACGGGGAGAAGGAGCCGGACUGGGUCCUCACCGAGAGGCAACACUUCCACCAAAUCAGAGACGAGAACAAGAAUGGCUACCUGGAGGCCAGCGAGGUGGCUCAGUGGGUGCUCCCUACCGAGGUGGAUCAUGCUGACAAUGAGGCCAAACACUUAAUCCAUGAGACGGACACCAACAAGGACGAGAAGAUGAGCAAGGAGGAGAUUCUGGUCAAUUGGAACAUGUUUGUGGGGAGCCAGGCGACUAACUACGGCGAGGACCUCACCAAGAGACACGACGAGCUCUGAUGAUGUCACGCAUCCAAGGGGGCGGGGCUUACUUAGAGGGGAGGGGGGAGGGGGGGAGGAGCCAGGGAGGUUCUGCUAAGAAGGACAAAUCUAUGGGAGGAGGAUUGAGACGGGGAUCCUGUCUGUGUAUGCAUUCGUCCAUAUGCAUUUAUCUUUUCUUUUUUUUUUACUGAUUUUAAGGGGGAUGGGGUUGGGCUGAAUGCCGGGAUGUGGGGGAUGGUCACGUCAUUGCUGGGUACAUUCAAUGCAAUCGAUUGGAUCGGUCGAUUUAUUUAUACUGCGAUCUUAUGCAGAAGGUUUUUUUCUAUUGGAGGUCAACGGAAGUUUGGCGUUUCAUACACACUUGCACAUCGUUUCAUCCACUUAAUGAGUCGACACGCACAAAAAAAUCCAGCAUGUACAGCUCCAAACACACAACAAUCACCAGUUUGUAUUUCCUCAAACUGGGGGGAUGUGAUGUCCACUUCUGAAUUGACGCCACCUCUGAUCAACCGGAGUAACUCAAAACGUCCACUUCCUUCAGAGUUGGUGCUGUUCUUGCAGAGGAGUUUUUAGUGUGUGUCGCCUGCCCUUGAACAAUCGUUUACAGCUUUAAUACUGCAUCCACUUGUACAUGACCUGUGUACACAUACGUACCUGCAGACACACACAGACCCCUCUGUUCUCUCCACAUGUGUUGUUCUUACACACCACAAAGCCUUGGCACACUCCAUACGAUUUUACAUGUUAAGCGUACAUGUGCCUGUCUGAGCAUUUGCAGUUUAUCCGAGCCAACAUGUUUAUGUCAGAGAAAGACGAAAAGCCCUUCUUUCUCUCACUGCGAAGCUGAAAUAAAGCCAUGUUGCUUUUUCUAGAG